GACGGUGCUUCCGCUUAGUCGCCGUAGGUGAGAAUUAAAAAAGAAGACGAAAGCGGCGGAGAGAGGGAGAGAGCGAGAGAGAAAAGUAGAUGGUGAGCGGGGCCGGAACGUGGAGAAAGUGAAGGGAGCAGCCAGCGCCGCCGAGUCAGCCGCAUCCAUCGUCCCCGCCCGUAAGCCAGAGGCCUCAUCGGCAUUUCCCAGCCGUCAGCAGCGAGAGGAGAGCCGAGGCCCCGCCGCUCAGGAGGUGCGCCAGCGGAGACAAGCCACUUGUUCCCAGCCCAGCUUCGCCUGUCACCGGCUCGGCCGACCGACCGACCGCCGCCGGCUGCUGCCGUCCGUCAAGAGGUUGCUGCAAAGCAAACUAAGGAGUGCGUGUAGGAAGGGGCCCCAUGAAUGGAAAUCGGAACCCCAGGAGCUGUUGGGGCUCAGCCCCUCUUCACGGUGCCAAGGCGUCCAGGAUGUGGCACCAUGGGAAAACCGAUUAAACUGCUGGCCAACUGCUUCCAAGUAGAUAUCCCAAAGAUUGACGUCUACCUCUAUGAGGUAGAUAUUAAACCAGAUAAAUGUCCUCGCAGGGUUAACAGGGAAGUGGUUGACUCUAUGGUUCAGCAUUUUAAAGUUCAAAUAUUUGGAGAAAGAAGACCUGUCUACGAUGGGAAAAAGAGUCUCUAUACUGCUGAUCCCAUUCCAGUCAGCACCACGGGGGUGGAUUUGGAGGUGACGUUACCAGGAGAAGGGAAAGACCGGAUUUUCAGGGUCUCAAUAAAAUUUGUUUCAAGAGUGAGUUGGCACUUGCUACAUGAAGUUCUUACAGGACGGAGUAUGCCGGAGUUGCUGCCCGGGUUGGAUCUGGACAAGCCUCUCAGCACAAAUCCUGUCCAUGCAGUUGAUGUUGUUCUUCGACAUCUCCCCUCCAUGAAGUACACCCCUGUUGGCCGCUCUUUCUUCUCUGCCCCCGAAGGGUAUGACCAUCCAUUGGGUGGGGGUAGAGAAGUCUGGUUUGGUUUUCAUCAGUCUGUCAGACCAGCCAUGUGGAAAAUGAUGCUGAACAUAGAUGUUUCUGCCACUGCUUUCUAUAAAGCACAGCCAGUAAUUCAGUUCAUGUGUGAAGUUCUAGACAUACAUAAUAUUGAUGAACAACCACGACCUUUGACUGAUUCCCAUCGCGUCAAAUUCACCAAAGAGAUAAAAGACAAACUUCUCACAGGAUUGAAAGUUGAAGUAACUCACUGUGGACCUAUGAGGAGAAAGUACCGUGUGUGCAACGUCACCAGACGACCAGCCAGUCAUCAAACGUUCCCCUUACAGCUGGAAAAUGGACAGACUGUGGAAUGCACUGUGGCGCAAUAUUUCAAACAGAAAUACAACCUUCAGUUAAAAUACCCACACCUACCCUGUCUGCAGGUGGGACAGGAGCAGAAACACACCUAUCUGCCACUGGAGGUCUGUAACAUUGUGGCGGGACAGCGUUGUAUCAAGAAACUGACGGACAAUCAGACAUCAACAAUGAUCAAAGCAACAGCACGCUCAGCACCUGAUAGACAAGAGGAAAUAAGUAAAUUGGUAAAAAAUGCAAACUAUGACGCUGAUCCUUUUGUCCAGGAGUUUCAGUUUAAAGUUCGAGAUGAAAUGGCUCAUGUGACUGGCCGAGUACUUCCAGCCCCCAUGCUGCAGUAUGGGGGGAGGGUGGAACCAAGUCAUUUUAGAUUACAAACUAAUCGUACAGUUGCUACUCCAAGUCAUGGUGUUUGGGACAUGCGGGGGAAACAGUUUCAUACUGGGGUUGAAAUCAAAAUGUGGGCAAUAGCAUGUUUUGCAGCACAGAGACAAUGUAGAGAAGAAGUACUUAAGAGUUUCACUGACCAGCUACGGAAAAUAUCUAAAGACGCCGGAAUGCCAAUUCAGGGCCAGCCAUGUUUUUGUAAAUACGCACAAGGAGCUGAUAGUGUGGAGCCAAUGUUCAGGCAUCUGAAGAAUACGUAUUCAGGCCUACAACUUGUUAUUGUUAUUUUACCUGGGAAAACACCUGUCUAUGCUGAAGUGAAGCGUGUGGGAGAUACUCUACUAGGGAUGGCCACUCAGUGUGUUCAGGUGAAGAAUGUUGUUAAAACAUCUCCACAGACGUUAUCAAACCUCUGCCUGAAGAUUAAUGUGAAAUUAGGUGGAAUCAACAACAUUUUGGUACCACAUCAACGACCAUCCGUGUUCCAGCAACCUGUGAUUUUUCUGGGAGCUGAUGUUACACAUCCACCAGCUGGAGAUGGCAAGAAACCCUCAAUCGCUGCUGUUGUAGGCAGUAUGGAUGCCCAUCCUAGUCGUUACUGUGCCACUGUGCGUGUACAGAGACCACGACAGGAGAUCAUUCAAGAUUUAGCAUCUAUGGUUCGAGAACUUCUCAUACAGUUUUACAAAUCAACGCGUUUUAAGCCGACCCGAAUUAUAUUUUAUCGUGAUGGAGUUUCUGAAGGGCAGUUUCGUCAGGUUUUGUAUUGCGAGCUUUUGGCGAUUCGAGAAGCAUGCAUUAGCCUGGAGAAAGACUAUCAACCUGGUAUUACAUAUAUAGUGGUGCAGAAACGGCAUCAUACACGAUUAUUCUGUGCUGAUAAGAAUGAAAGGGUUGGGAGAAGUGGAAAUAUUCCAGCAGGAACCACGGUAGAUACAGAUAUCACCCACCCAUAUGAAUUUGAUUUUUAUCUCUGCAGCCACGCUGGGAUACAGGGGACAAGUCGCCCUUCUCACUAUCAUGUUCUGUGGGAUGACAACUGCUUCUCUGCGGAUGAGCUUCAGCUUCUUACCUAUCAACUGUGUCACACGUAUGUGCGUUGCACACGCUCUGUAUCUAUCCCAGCACCAGCGUAUUAUGCACAUCUAGUGGCAUUUAGAGCAAGGUACCAUUUGGUGGACAAAGAGCAUGACAGUGCUGAAGGCAGUCACAUUUCUGGUCAGAGUAAUGGACGUGACCCUCAGGCUCUUGCCAAGGCUGUGCAGAUUCACCAGGACACAUUGCGCACUAUGUACUUCGCUUAAGUUUGGGAAAUUCUCUCCAGAAGGAACCGAAAAUCACAGCCUGCAAUUCCAGUGGGGUCAGUUUACGGGCAUGUCUCCAGCCAUACUGUAACUUUCACUGUGUGGGGACAAUAAUUUCAUAAACUGACGAAAAGAGAUUGUUUACCUACGAAGAUCAUAGCACUAUUAUGCAAUAUGAAACCAGCCAACUGCUCUGUGUGUGUGUGUGUGUGUGUGUGUGUAUGUAUGCGCGUGUGGGUGUGUGCAUGUGCGUGCGUGCUCCGUCAGACCUCGUGUCUGUCUUUCCUUUUUUUUUCUCCAGUAUAGUUUCCUUUUUGCCUUUACCUCAGUGUUUGGCAGCACAAACGUCAUGCAACAUGAAAAUGGGACAAAGAAAAAUGUUUGACAAAACUUGGAUCUCAAAACAAGUCACUAAUUAGUUCAAAGGUCCAAUCAUUUGCUUGGAGUCUUCAACUUGGAAGGGUGGGUGGUUGGAGAAGGAGGUGAAGACUUGCUUGAAAAAAAAUAUUCUAGGGAAUAACUACCAAUGCUUUAUAAGAUCCAAAAGUCCACCUCCACCAGGCCACUUUUCAAAUUCUGCAUACUCAUCAAUUAGUGAGUUAAAUCAACAGAUUAUUGAACUCGGCUACUAGUUAUGGUUGAGCACCAUAAACAGUGCAGUGGAAUUUUGUAUAGAAGAUAAUAUCCAUGUCUUGGAUAACCCUUAAUUAUUGACGAUAUAAGAUCUUUUGAAAAUUCCAAGAAAUGGGGCUAUGUUUAAUGUAGAAACUUCUGCUUUUUGUUACUGUUUACUUGCUAACUCACAACAAAAUGUGAUGUUUUCUGUUUUAGCAUCCUAUAUUUAUUAGAAAAAAUAAUGCUUAAUUUAAUAUGGAUUUACAUUAAAGUAUAGUAGCAUCAAUUCUAUUUAGUUCUGGAAUGUAACCGUGUUGUAUACUGACAGAACAUUGCUACCGUUAGUGCAAUAAGCGGUUGGUAAGAAAGCCCGUGUCCUACGCUGUUCUGGAGCAGCAGUUGUACCACUAUAAUCGUGGGAGAGUGGACACCUCCGCACUUCAGAACCUUAUCAGUUUUAAUAA